AUGUUUUUCCCGCUCGUCGCACUCGCCCUGACCGGGGUGACAGCUUACAACGCUUCCGACAACAAUGUUGAAGAUAAUACAAGUUCUAAACUGCCGGAGCUGUAUCAGAUCGAUGACUAUGACCGCUGUCUCUCCCGGCCCGGAGCUCUGUACUGUGUAGGCACGUUCCGUCUGACUGCGGACCGGCAGGCGCCGUCCUACCGCUACUACCGCAUGAUCGAGGAAUAUUCAUCGGAGCCCCGUCACUUCAACCGGACGCUGCUGCAUCGCGGGUACUGCCUCAGCAGCCGCUGUCCAGACCUCGCCAAUGCAACCCAUGGAGACUGGUUCAGCAGCUGCUGUGCACAGACGCAGGAGGUGUCUCCUGGGAUGAAGUUAAACCUUCAGUCUUACCAUUGCAGGCCAAAAGAUCACAACCAACCUAUUGAAGAAAAAGAUGAAAUUUUCUUAUGGAUUGUUGCAGUAUUGGUGUGGAUCCACACGCUUUUCAUCGCGGGUCACAUCAUGGCGGUGUACCAUCAGCUCAUGCUAAACAAUCCACAACACGUUGAAAAACUAUACUACCUGACUUCAUCUUACUUCUGGAGGAAUGGAUCAUCGACGCUACACGCGUUAGUGGUCAUUUCGAGCUUCCUCCAUACCAACAGUCAGAUCAACUCCAAGAGAAAUACUCACCUCUCCCAAUUACCGCUGGCUGCAUUGAAAAGAAUAGCUAGGUUUUUGCCAGUUCAUCUUGUGGUAGUGGGGUUCGCGGCGACGUGGUGGCGCUACACCGGCGACGGGCCGCUGUGGCCGAACCUGGUGCUCCAGGAGAGCGACGUCUGCCGCCGCAAGUUCCUCUGGCAUGCGCUCUUCCUGCACAACCUCGUCGACAAUGACGACCACUGCUUGGUGCAGACCUGGUCUUUCGCUGCGGACCUCCAACUGUUUGUCGCGGCCUACCUGCUGAUGUCAUCACUGACAGUAACUGGACGGAAGCCCAUCCCGUUACUGUCAGUGUUGUUCAUCGUAUUAUCUGUUCUCAACGGGUUGCUGGCUUACUGGAACGAGUGGGAAUCCAUGGUCUUCAUUGCACUUCCUGAAAAUCUCCGACAAUCAUUCAGAGACUCACGGUCCUUCGGUGGCUUCUACAUGUCACCUGUGCACAGUGCGCCGGCUUAUUUGUUAGGUAUUAUCCUAGCACAUGCUCACAACCAUAUUCAGGAGCAGGGCAUUAAAUUGCAUAAUUCCAAGCUGUACGUAUUGUGCUACCACUUGGCCAUCCCGCUCAUGAUAUCCUGGGUCAUGUGCGGGGAGUGGUUCUUUGAGCGGCGGUCUCCGCUCAUCAUUGCGGUCUACGCCGCCAUCGAGAAGCCGGUCUUCCUCCUCCUCCUUAGUGUCUACUUCAUAGGCAUCAUCAACAACCUGGACAACGUAGUGAGGCGGCUGUCGGUAUGGCGCUGCUGGAGGCCGCUGGGUCGCAUGUCACUGUCGAUGUUGACGGUGCACUGGUGCGUCAUCAAAACUCUCCUCGCGUCCAGGCGAGGACUUAUAGAUUUGAAUCCGUACAAUGUUACAAUUGACACCCUGGCGACAGUAUUUCUCUCCUACUGCCUCGCUGUGCCCCUCACGCUCCUCGUGGAGAUGCCACUCAUGAAGACCUUCACCUCCGUGCUGAUGGACUGAGUCUGUCUCGGCCGAUAGAGACGUUCGCUACGUGUUUCUUCUCCUACUGCCUCGCUGUGCCCCUCACGCUCCUCGUGGAGAUGCCGCUCAGGAAGACCUUCACCUCCGUGCUGAUGGACUGAGUCUGUCUCGGCCGAUAGAGACGUGCGCGACGUGUUUCUUCUUCUACUGCCUCGCUGUGCCCCUCACGCUCCU